GUUGUGCACAAGAAGACUCCCACACCCUUUCACAAGCUCACACAUCCCAUCAGUCAGUGAUAUUUUGGGGCUUUCCUCUGUACAAAAAAGAAACAUUGUGGUGGCAUUUUUCACCCAACCAAUGACAAGUUACUGCGAAGCCCGGUGGCGGAAUUUUUCUUGAAAUUUUGGCAGCUGCUCAUGUAGGUAAACACAUCAACUUUGCAGUCAAAGGAAAAACAUACCUGUUGAUCGCCUUUGGUCAGUGCCGGCUGACCCAUGGAGGAUGGCACGGACAGUCCGGUGGCCGUCAAGGUGGAGGGCCACUCCCGUAGCGUGAUCCUCAGGUAUUUUCGGGGUGACAUCGGCAGCAUGGUGGACGCUCACUUCAGCCGCGCUCUCAGCAAAGACGGCAAGGACAAGGUGCCGGUUGCCAAGGCCAAGAAAAUGCACAAAAACAUCAAGUUAGAGGACAGCAGCAACGGACACACCAACUUGGUCGAGCCUGCGCCCGUGACGGGCCGCCACUUGGCUUUCUGCCCCACCGACGAUCACGCCGGGCCCUGGCACUCAUUCAUCGGGAGAACAGGGGAGACGUCGGGCUUGCCGUCCGCCGCGUAUUCCGUGGAAGACCUGAGCUUUACCGGGCAACAGUACGCCUCAUCGCUGCUCAACCUCCUGCACGGCGACCGCGCCGAGGUGGCGCCCGGCGUGGCCUCUGGCUCCAAGACCGAACAUCUGGCCAAUUGGAUGGUGCACCAAGGAUUGAGAGACUCUGUGGAACCCGCUGGAGGUUUUGAGCCUGGUAAGCCUUCGUAUGCAAUACAGCAUUUGCAGUCAGGCUUCCUGGGAGGCUAUCAAACCUUCCAAAAUGGACAUAAUUAGAAGCAUCAUCCAAAUAAACGUGCCAUUGUUGUCUCUGCUCAUAAAUGAUUGUUGCGUUGUUUUUGAACCUGGGUUCCCGGUGAUCCAUUAACUCUAGCUUGAGGGUGAGCAAUAUAAUUUGCAAUUAAUUCUUGUGUUGUGUCAUUAUAAAUAAGUACAUAACUAGAGCCAAUAAAAGAAACAUAAUAAAUACAUUUGUCUUCCCUAUUUUAAUUUGGACUACCAGUAAUUAAAAAUCUCUGAUAUGACUGAUGCGUUAUCACAUGACAUCAAGCCGCAAGCUAAUACUUUUUGGGGGG